GUCGACCUGGGGCUGGUGUUUUGACUCUUGACUUGAGGAGCUCCGGCAGUUCUCGUUGUUGGAAGGAGAUUCCUGUAGAAAUUUUUAGUUUUUGCUCCUGUUGUGCUAUUGCUUCGCUAGGAAUAAUUUUCUUUAGUUUAGUUGCUUGGGCGUUUAUUCAGCAGGAGGGCGAAGAAAAUGUCUGACCAAAACGGUGAUUCUCCUUCGUUCCGUGUGCGAAUGGCUCAACGAUCGAAUGCAAUUGCUGGCUCCGCUGCAAUGCACGGACAGAACCCCAUGCAACAUGGGUUGGUUGGGUUCAAUAUCCUCAGAAGGGCUCAUUUCAAUAAGGGCUCCGCAUUCAGCUUGCAAGAGCGACAGAUGCUUUGCCUGCACGGUCUCUUGCCACCGCGUGUGAUGGCGGAGGAUGACCAAGCGGCACGCAUCAUGAACGGGUUGCGCAAGCGAAGCAGUGAUUUGGACCGCUACACCGAUCUCAUGGACCUGCUCGGGCGUAACGAGAAGCUCUUCUACCGUGUCCUAUGUGACCACAUUCAGGAGCUGAUGCCCAUUGUGUACACUCCGACGGUUGGAAAGGCUUGUCAGGAAUAUGGAAACAUUUUCCGCCAGCCCAAAGGUCUAUUCAUCACCAUCCACGACCUUGGUCAUGUUGAGUCUAUUCUUGCUAACUGGCCAGAAAGAGACAUCAAGGCCAUUUGCUUCACAGAUGGUGAGCGAAUCCUUGGUCUUGGUGACCUGGGCUGUGAUGGUAUGGGUAUCCCAGUGGGCAAGCUGGCCCUCUACACUGCCUGUGCUGGUAUCAAGCCACAUAACUUGCUUCCAGUCAUCCUGGAUGUCGGCACAGACAAUGAGGAAUUGCUCCAGGAUCAAUUCUACAUUGGUCUUCGGCAGAAGCGUGACCGCUCUGAUCGUUAUGAUGCUCUCAUUCGUGAGUUCAUCGAGUCUGUUAUGGACUGGUUUGGACCCACAACUCUGCUGCAGUUCGAAGACUUCGGCAAUAGAAAUGCAUUCCGUCUGUUAAACGAUUACCGCGAUGUCUGCUGCACUUUCAACGAUGACAUUCAAGGUACCGCUAGCGUUGCACUUGCUGGUAUCUGCGCAUCGCUGAAGCUGACCAAGAAGACACUGGCUGACAAUGUCUUCCUGUUCCAGGGUGCUGGAGAGGCUGCUAUUGGUAUUGCCAUGUUGAUUGUGGCCGCACUGAAGCAAGAAGGUGUCAACGAGGAAGAUGCGAGAAAGCGCAUCUGGCUUGUGGACUCAAGAGGAUUAGUUGUCAAGAACCGUGCAAAGGGUGGAAUUGAGGGAACUCACAAAGUUCCUUUUGCUCAUGAGCAUGCGUAUAUUGAGACCCUUCAGGAGGCUGUGGAAGUAUUGAAGCCAACGUGUAUUGUCGGUGUAGCAGCUGUGCCCCGUGCAUUCACAAAGGAGAUCUGUGAAACAAUGGCCAAGAACCACGAGCGACCCAUCAUCUUUGCGCUCAGCAACCCCACCAGCAAAGCCGAAUGCACUGCAGAGGAAGCUUACAGCUGGACCCAGGGCCGAUGUGUAUACGCAUCAGGCAGUCCGUUCAAGGAUGUCGAGUAUGAAGGCAAGCGCUUCGUCCCCGGCCAGGGUAACAACUGUUACAUCUUCCCUGGCGUGGCACUCGGUAUCAUUGCCUGCCAGGCCAGGCACGUCACAGAUGAAUGCUUCCUGGUCGCCGCACAGUCCCUUGCAGCCCUAGUCGAGGAGUGCGACCUGACGCUAGGACGCGUCUAUCCAUGCCUGGACAAGAUCCGCGAGGUCUCGACGCAAAUCGCCAUUGAUGUUGCCCGACUCUGCUACAAGAACAAGUUGGCGUCGGCUUUGCCCGAGCCUGAUGACCUGUCCAGCUUCAUCCGCAGUCAUCAGUACACGACCGACUAUGAGAACUUUGUUCCCGACGUUUACUCAUGGCCAAAUGGCAAGCUUUAAGUGCUUCCGUCACAGACCCCUUUCUUUCUGUAUAUAGGCAGUGUGUACUUUUGAAUAGCUGUGUUUGAUUUUCAUAGCCGUUGUUACUUUUUCAAUUUGGCACAGACUUUGUGCCUUUUAGGCAAGCCUUUUGCAUUCUUUUGCUAGCUCUUUUCCUAUAUUUUUCCGUCAGUAUUUGCAUUAUCCACAACAUUGCCAACAGUUGGUGAGAGUGCUUUAUUACUUGUGAUUCUUACUCUUUUUUUAUGAUUCUUCUCUGCUGGCUUAAUAUCGGCUGGCAGUUCGUGAUAUCCUUUCUCUCAUCUUUUGUGUCCCUUUUGGUCAGGCUCUGUUACCUGGACUGCAGGAUCCUCUUCUUGUUGAAAAAUGGUGCUAAGAAUCUACUGGAGUUGGUAUUGGAUUAGUAAUAUACUAUUAGAUAUAGUAUAAUUGGUUCAAUCGUGCUAAGUACCAUUCAGCGCAUCCUUGGUGGCGUUGAUAGACUGUCCUUUUUUUCUUUUUCUCCUGGCCUUGCAGUGUCUUCCGUUGUAGUAGUUUUUUUCUUCUCCUUCCUCUUUUUCUAUCAUUCUGAUGUAGCGUUGGGUUUUGGUGAGCUGUGAAAACCCAGCCACCGCCCUUACACCGUACUAUUGCAGUAUCAUUAUUCCCAUUCCACUACCAUGAAAAUUAAUAUUUAUUGUAUACUUCAA